CACACGUAGUUAAUACGUUUUUACACUGUUUAUUUUAUUUUCAAAAAAUAAUGUUAGUCUGAAAAAUAACUGACUGUACACCCCGCAGCUUCAAGUGAGCCUAAAUCCAAACUACACUUCCGGUUCCAUGUUCUUAUCGAACUGGAUAGCAUUUAAUGAACUAAACUAUAAGUAAAAUAAAACGGACUCUAGGUGCAGCUGUGCCGCAGCGAUAGAGCGGGUCUCUGAUCGCAGCGUUAGCGGUUCAAUCCCGGAUCUGCCCGGUACACGCGUGGAAGUGUCCCUGGACAAAACACCGAGCUCCAAGAUGCUCCCCACGGCUAGGUCAGCACCCUGCACUGUAGGCCAUCGGUGUGUAUGAAUGGCUGAAUCUGUAGUCAAAAACUGAAAUUUAACAGAUGUUUAACAAAUCUUCAACAGAUGUUAAGUGUGUGUGUGUGUUUUUAUCUAAGAAUAAACAAUCUUUGCAAACCAAAUAUGGAGCGACCCGUAAUGAGCUUAAGGAGUCUACUGAACAUCGGUUUUAUCUGUAUACAUCAGUUUUUUUUUUCUAAAACUCAUCUCCCCAGCUUUCCUGAAGCAAAUGUUUACAGUUAACACCGAUAGUUAUAUCCUGAAGCCGUGGUUUGUUCAGCACCUGUCCUGCAGGUCAGUGCUUUACAGAAGACCAAACAAUUUAAAUAUAAAAAGCAAAACUAUGUAUUUUCUGCACACGAGAAAUAAAACCUAUUAUUUGACAUUUAAACCAUUGAAACGGACGAGAACUGUCAAAUAGAUGACAUAAAACAUCAAUUAAAAACAAACGUUCUAAUUUGUAGUUUUAUUGUGAAGGGGGUGCCACCCCGAUUCCGGUCCGGUCGGUUUGCGCUGUUUCUAACGUGACAUCGUGUUUGUGCUCUUCCAUAACGAACUUCACCGAACUCUCCGCGGUGUAAUCUUCGGUGUGUUCGCGACACUUUCACGUUUAGUUUUAGACGGAUUCUCCUCCGUGAUUUUAGCGUUUUCCCGCCUCCAAACUCCAGUUUGUCCGGUGGAAAUCCUGGUUGUGCGGCUGGAAAAGAGGCUUCAGUGCGGGACCCCGAGCCGGUUGAAGUGAUUGACGGUUUAAAAGAGGCAGAGACUGAAAUAAUGAGAAGAUGAAGCUGAUUUUGUGGAUUCUUCUGUCUUUCCUAAGGAGUCGUGAGGGGACGUGUAGGAACGGUAUGCAGUUCACCAAGCAUCCGUCCAAUCAGACAGUGUCUCAGGGGAACGCCGUGAGGCUGGGGUGCGCUUUUCAGGGGGCUUCAGAGCCAGACAUUGUGUGGAUGAAGGACGGAGAGAGGCUCUACAGCACCGACCAGAUGUUCAUCACCCUGGGAGAGCAGCACUGGGAGACGUUCCACAGUAUGAAGUCAGUCCAGCAGCAGGAUGCGGGUCAGUACUGGUGUGAGGUUGAGUUCCAUGGUCUGACGUUCUCCUCUGAGCGAGCCUGGAUCACAGUGGCAGGUGUCCCUCACUUCAUCCAGGAGCCUCAAGAUGUGGCCAUGUUCCCCAAUGUCCCGUUCAACCUUACCUGUGCCGCUGUGGGUCCCCCUGAGCCUGUGGAGGUGCAGUGGUGGCUGGGGGGGAUCCAGGAGGGAGAGCCUAGGCCGUCCCCAUCCGUCCUGCACGUCGCAGGUGUGAACAGCAGUGUGAGGUUUUACUGUGAAGCAAAGAACACCAGAGGAAUCUCUGUGUCCAGGACUGGUACAGUCCACAUUAAAGUGUUGCCGUCAGCUCCAGUUGGACUGCAGGUCCUGAGGAUGGUGGACAACAAUGUGACCUUGUCAUGGAAACCCGGAUUCACAGGUCACUCUGAACUGUCCACCUGCAUUGUCCAGGUGGGGAGACGGUCAGUCCGGAAGUUGGACCUCCCUCAGCAGGAGGUUCGGGUUCCUCCUCACCUGCAGGUUCUGUCAGGUCUGAGGAGUCACUCAAACUACAGUGUGAGGGUCUCCUGUGUGAAUGAGGUGGGGGUGUCUCCUUUCUCCCCGUGGCUGCACUUCCAGACUCCUGAGUCAGUGCCUUUGGCAGCCCCCGGAAACCUGACCUUUGACCUCUCGGAGCAGCAGCUGGCUCUGACCUGGGCGCAGCUUCAGGACAAUGAGCUCCAGGGGAAGUUGUUGGCCUACAAGCUGCAGUGGACUCUGGGAGGAGAAGCACAGGAGCCGCUACUGUUCAAGGACAAUUCAGCUCAGCUUGCAGGAGCAGGACGUUUCUUCAAUGCCUCCUUCCAGGUGUCGGCCUGCACCUCAGUGGGUUGUGGGCCCUGGAGCCCCCCGGUGCUGGUGCUGCCUUCCUCAGUGCAGGUCCAGGUCCAGCGGAGCCACAUGUGGGUCGGUCUGCUGCUGGGGCUGCUGGUGGCCGCUGUGGUUGGGCUGCUGCUCACUGUCCUUGCUCACCAACGAAGAAAAGAGAUGGAGUUUGGUUCGGCCUUUAAGCCUGCAGGUCCGGAGAGCCCGGUCUCCUUCACAGCGGCUCGAUCCUUCAGCAGAAACUGUGCAGAGCUGCAGGAGUCGACAUUGGACAGUCUGGGAAUCACAGAUGAGCUCAAGAACAAACUGCAGGACGUCCUGAUUCCGGAGAGGCAGCUCACACUGGGACACAUGCUGGGCAAAGGCGAGUUUGGCUCAGUGCGUGAGGCUUUUCUGAAGACGGAGGACUCGUCAAUGCAGAAGGUGGCUGUCAAAGUGCUGAAAUCUGACGUCACCUCUUCAGGUGACGUCGAGCAGUGUCUGAAGGAGGCGGCCUACAUGAAGGACUUCCACCACCCCAAUGUCAUCCAGCUCAUCGGAGUGAGCCUUCACCGGCGUCCCGGCCAGCGGCUGCCGAUCCCGAUGGUGGUGCUCCCGUUCAUGAGACAUGGAGACCUGCACACCUUCCUGCUGCUAUCCAGACUGGGAGAGCAGCUGUUUGACCUGUCUCUGCAGACUCUGAUCCAGUUCAUGUUGGACAUCUCUCGGGGGAUGGAAUAUCUGAGCAGCAGGAACAUCAUCCACAGAGACCUGGCAGCCCGAAACUGCAUGCUGGACGAGAACAUGACGGUGUGUGUCGCAGACUUUGGCCUCUCAAAGAAGAUCUACAGUGGAGAUUAUUACCGACAGGGCUCCGUGUCCAAACUGCCUGUGAAAUGGAUCGCUCUGGAGAGUCUGGCUGACAACAUCUACACCACACAGAGCGACGUGUGGGCAUUUGGCGUGACCAUGUGGGAGAUCAUGACUCGUGGUCAGACUCCGUACCCUGGAGUGGAGAACUCGGAGAUCUACGAGUUUCUAAUCAAAGGAGAAAGACUGAAGAAACCUCCGGACUGCAGAGACGACAUUUAUGAGAUCAUGCACAGCUGCUGGAGUCCGGUUCCUAAAUGUCGUCCCAGUUUCAAACAUCUGGUUGCACAGCUGGAGGCGCUGUGGCUUGGCCUGUCCCCUGCCCCCACUCUAAAGGAGCCUUUACUCUACAUGAACCUGGAGGGGGAGGGGGGAAGAAGAGCAGUGAGGGCCCCGGAGGCGGCAGCGAGCUGGAGUGUGCCCUGGCAGCAGUGGGUGGAGGAUGAGGAGAAAGGCUGGCUGAUGGUAGGGUCGGGGGCUGUGCUGGCCAUUGGAGGAGACUACAGGUACAUCACUGGCCCCUGCGGGGGCCCUGAGGGGUGGGAGGGGGGAGGGGGGAGGCAGGAGGUGAUGGACAUUUUACAGGAGGAGCUGAGGGACGAUGACGAUGUCAUUAAUGUCUGACAGAGACUGACCAGUCGGACCUGUAACUCAGAGACGCUCACUUGGUGGCACUGAGCAGCAGCAGGUGGGCGGAGACGGUCCCAAGGUACAAACUGACUGGCAUUACAUAUUGUAUAUCACACACGUCAGCAGCUGUAGCGCGUCACAUGGUACAUCCCACUUUGUCCAGUUAAUGUCCCUGUACUGGUCCACUGUAAAGUGCUGGUGUCAGCAGGUACUGAACAAGUAGUUCUCACCAGUCCUCAAAAAAAAAAAUAAAAACACA